AUGCCGAUCCAGGCACUCCCACAAGCAACCAUCCGAGCGAUUGGGUCAACAUCAGCCAUCUCUGAUCCAUGCUCAGUUGUCAAAGAGCUUCUUGACAAUGCUUUGGAUGCGUCUGCUUCAUCUCUUUCAAUUGAAAUUUCACAAAACGCACUGGACGUGAUCCAAUUAAAAGAUAAUGGCCAUGGCAUUCCCGCUGAAGAUCACGUCUCUGUUUGCAAGCACACAUUUACCAGCAAGAUUGAAACCUUGAAUGAUCUCAGGCACGUCGGUGGCACCUCACUAGGCUUUCGUGGAGAGGCACUCGCUAGCAUUGCUGAAAUGUCGGGCGGCGUCACCGUCAUCACACGUGUCAGGUCGGAGGUUGUCGGGUUCAAGCUCAAGUACGGGAGAAAUGGGGAGCUCCUUGAAUCCCAACGAAUGUCUCAUCCGGUCGGUACGACUGUUCGCAUUUCGAAUUUUCUUAAGGAUGUCCCGGUUCGGAGAAAGACUAUUCUAAAAUGCGCUGCAAAAAUGUUGGCGAAGACGAAGAAGCUUGUGCAGUGUUAUGCCAUGGCUCGUCCAUCGGUUCGAAUCUCCCUCAAGGUUCUCAGGGCUCAAAAUGAAAACAAUAACUGGAGUUAUGUACCUCCCGUAAAUGCCACUAUUCCAAAUGCUGCUAUAAAUAUCGUUGGACGCGAACUGUCUUCCUGCUGUACGAUCAAAAAGCAUGCAUCCGCAUCUAACCUCGAUGAAGAUGGCCACACACGGGGUUCAAACUUAUAUCACAUUGUUGCGUUUCUUCCGAAUUCAGACACAGAUUUCAACAAAAUAAACAAUGCGGGCCAAUUUUUGAGUGUUGACAGUCGACCGAUGUCAACCGCAAGUGGAGUCGGCCGUGAAAUAUCAAAAUUGUUCAAGUCUUACAUUCGACUGAUUCCCGCGAAGGACGGCAGGACAAAGAAGCUUUCAGAUCCAUUCUUCUGCCUGCAGAUCAAUUGUUCUCGCGGAGCAUACGAUGUCAACAUUGAGCCUGGCAAAGACGACGUGAUCUUUGAAGAUCUCCAGCUCGUCUUAUCAUUGAUUGACACUCUACUGAGUGACCAUUAUGGAUCACUGCCUGUGGUGAUCAAAGGAGGAUUCGCCAAGAAUGGUGAUAAACAAAAUAAACAAACCAGAAAAAGUCACGGGGGCACUGGGUUUGAGCUUUUGAUGGCUAAAAAUUCCUCAGCCCAGCUAUCCAACCAGCAAUCCAAAGAUAUCAUUGAAUUGGGAGAGGAGCCUACUAUAUCUUCACCUCAUGAAACUUCUGUUGAUGGGUUUCAAAACGACGUUCGGGAAUCCUUGCAGGGCUCCCAAGAGGAAGAAUCUCGUUUUAUCAAUCCCUGGUCUAUCACACGCCUCAACGCCCCGUAUCGAACAUUACCAGACAAUUAUGCCAACCAGGAGAGAGAAUCUGGAAAGUCUGCUGUGCAGUCAUCCUAUAGCACAUCGGGCCCAUCAAGACCACUCAUCUCAGAAACGCUUAGAGCGACAUCACCAGUGAAUCCCCAAUGUCCGGCUUCCAAAACCGACAACUCUUCUCGUCAAAGAUCGUCAACUCAAAUUUUGUCCCGUAAGGCAGCACGUGAACGUGACAGGGAGCGAUACGGCAAUGGAGCUUUAGACACGUUGUUUCAACGCACCACCCAGGCAUCGCUGUUCCAUAGCUCCAAUUCUAAACCGAACCAGACUGAAGAGACCAUCCCUCUCUCCCAGCUUGUGGAGCAGAGAUUUGCAACCCAGUCAGAUGAUAACGUCUUGCAAAGUCGUCAAAUCAAUCAGGAGAAUGCUUCACGAAUUGCAAAUUCCACGGUCGAUGAUGAUCGAGCAUCUACGUCCUCCCAAGACGACGAUAGACCAGUCUCGUCCGAAGGAAACCCUAACAUAACUUCCAUAGACAGCGGACGAGGCUUUCCGGUUCUGGAGAAAUGGGCUGCUAGCAUUAAAGAAGGCUUUGGCUCGAGACCUUCUUUUGAGUUGGACAAAGCACUUGAAUUUGAGAGACGAAAAAAAGAGGCAAAUCAAAUCUAUCGGGAUCGGUAUAAUAAUUUGAAACCCCAACGCUCAAAUCCUAUCCCGAAUUCACCACAUCGCAAUCGAUACAUUUCUGCGAAGGCAGUCUUAACUGGAGACCGAGCUGUUCAUGAGUCCGACCCGCAUAUUUCUCUUCAGCAGCUUGAUCCAAGGUCAUAUCUGAUUCAUCCGCAUGGCGGCGAUAACUCCGAUAAGCCAUCAAGAGGAAUUCCACGUGUCCGGCGAGUACCCAGCAGCAAACUCCCUAUGGAACGUAUACCAGAAGGUUGCGAUCUUCAUGAUGUUGGCUUAAUUCUCCCGGCGCAUAUGACUACUAUAUCCAAAUCACUUAGCUUGGCCGCUCCGUAUGAUUGCUUUAUGCGCUUUGAGCACGACUUUGAGGCACUCAAUGCAUCUGGGGUAGAGGAUGCCGUUCCGCUCUGGAAUGCGCGACUGAAUGCUAUCAUCGAUGAGCAGUAUAAGCCCUGUGACGAAUCUGGAACUCUCGGCUCCCAAAUUGAUAUUUCUUCGGCUGUAAAGAAACAUUUGGAGCAAUUGCAAUGCAGCUAG